CUGUAAUUAUAUGUGAAAACACCCUAUAGAGGAAAUGUUGAGGUUUUAUCACAGAGUGUUUAAUCUUUAAGUGUCAGUCAUCAGUAGAUCAGUAUGGAGUUGAUUUCUCUUCCUCUAGUUCUCUUGCUGAUUUUAAACAUCCACUCUGAACAAACUGAAGACAUCAGGUUGGUGAAUGGUGACAACUGUUCUGGAAGAGUGGAGGUUCUUUAUGAUGGAGUUUGGGGAACUGUGUGUGAUGAUAGUUGGGAUCUAUCAGAUGCUACAGUGGUUUGUCGACAGCUGGGCUGUGGUUAUGCUACAGAGGCAAAGAGCAGUGCUUAUUUUGGUCAAGGUUCAGGACAAAUAUGGAUGGAUGAUGUACAGUGUAUAGGGAAUGAAUAUACACUGAAAAUCUGUACCUCAAGGGGAAAAGGAAAUCACAACUGUGAUCACAGUGAAGAUGCUGGAGUCAUCUGCCAAUUUGCCAGGACACAAACAACUCGAACACCAAGUACAGCUAGACCAGAGAUAUUAAACACACCCAUCUCAGGGUUCAAAGCAUGGACCUGGUGGCCCCCUUCAUCCACCACUACUGGAGACACACUUACUGCUUCACACCCCCAGGAUCACAUGCACUCCAGUACAUCAACAGCAAUGUCAUCAUCACAGGCAUGGACCUUGUGGCCUACUUCAUCCACUAUUACUGGAGACACACUUACUGCUUCACACCCUCAGAAUAACACACAAUACAGUACAUCACCAGCAGUGACAACAGCAGAAAGACCAACAUCUCAAGUGUUUGUUUGGCCUGCUGAUCUUGUAUACAGAGGAGAAACUGUCACUCUCAGAUGUGUCAUCAGUGGAGGAGAUGUCUAUAGCUGGCAGUACAGCUGGUAUAAAGAUUCAUCACUUUACAACAUCAGUGACCUUCAGUAUUACACAAUCAGAUUUGUUAAUGAGUCUGACAGCGGAAACUACACCUGUAGAGGAUCAGCAACCAACGGACCACAAUCCUCAAACAUCAGUGAUGCAGUUACUCUGACAGUAUCAGAGAGCCCUAAACCUGUAGUGAGUGUUGAUCCUGACAAACAGCUGUUCAGAGGAGAAACUGUUACUCUGAGAUGUGACAUAAAUGGUACAGGAGACAUUGAGUGGACAUACAGCUGGACUGUAGAGCCGUAUAACCAGUAUAGACAGUUCUACUGUGACAGACAAGAGUGUAAAAUCAACAACAUUCAAUACUAUCACAGUGGUAAAUACACCUGUAGAGGAAAGAUAAGUGAACAAAACACUAAAAUGAGUGAUGCUGUUACACUGACUGUAUCAUCAGAUAAACCACAGACAGUUUUAAGCGUUUCUCCGCAGCAGUGGUUGACUGAAGGAGAUUCAGUGACUCUGAUGUGUGAGGUUAGAAGUUCAUCUACAGGCUGGACAUUCAGCUGGUUCACUGUACAGAUGAAUAAAGAUUUUGAUUAUGAGCUGGUGUCAGACAGCAUUCGAGGAUCUAAUGGCAACUACACAGUGAGUUCAGUGACUGUGAAGCACACAGGAGUUUAUAUGUGCAGAGCAGAGAGAGGAGAUCCAGUCUAUCACACAGAGUACAGUAACAAACAAACGCUGUGGAUCACUGGAGUUUCUCGUUCAGUCUCUCUGAUCAUCAGACCCAACAGAUCUCAACACUUCUUAUAUGAAUCUCUCUCUCUGAGCUGUGAGGAUCACAGUAACUCUACUGGAUGGACAGUGAAAAGAUACACAGACAAACUGAAACCUUGUUCAUCAUCAGACUGGAGAUCUACAGGAACAACAUCUACAUGUACAAUCAGAUCUCUCAACACAUCUGAUACUGGAGUGUACUGGUGUCAGUCUGAAUCUGGAGAGAAACUUCAUCCUGUUAAUAUCUCAGUACACAAUGUUCAUAUUAUUCUGGACAGUCCUGUUCAUCCUGUGACUGAAGGAGAUAAUCUGACUCUUGGUUGUUUAUAUCGACUUAACCUCCAAACUGGAUUUUAUAAAGAUGGAUCAGUGGUGCAGAAUCACACUAAAGAAGACGUGAUGAUCAUCCCUACAGUCUCAAAGUCACAUGAGGGUUUCUACUACUGUAAAAAUUCAGAGAAAGGAGAGUCUCCAAAGAGCUGGAUCUCAGUCAGAGGUGAGAAAGCUCGUGUGAAGAUGUCUGGACUCAAGAUUUCCAUUUUUCUGCUGGCAGUUUGUCCAUAUCUGAUAGCGACAGCCGUGCUGGUUUUCAAAUGCUACAGAUUGAAAGUUCCUCACUCAUCUGUUGAAGAUCAGUUGCAGUAUGCAGUAAGAGAAGAUGAAACAUCAUUUUGAUGUGAGUGCAGUCAAGCAUCAGUCUGUGAUCUCUCAAUUACACAUUCACAAACUGAAUAACUGCAGUCAAUAACAAUGAGUGACAAUCACAAAUAAAUUCUGGAAUGAAUUCCUAUUAUUUAUAUAUGUGUGUGAAUGUGAUAAAGGAGUCACUCUCAGUUUUUAGCAUUAGCAUCAUACGUUGGUUAAAAGCAUUUCUGUAACUGUUUUCAUAAUUUCUAUAAUGUGACAUAUUUCUGAGUAAAGCAGGACAUUUAUGGUUAGCUUCAGCUGAAAAUGAAUUUCAUAAAUGGAACAAUGUAUUGCAUUUCAUUAAUAUAUAUUACCUUUUAGUUGUAUCGCUAAAUCUACAUUUUUUUAUGUAAUUAUAAACUGAAUAUCAGUUGUUAGUCAUGUUAGUGUAAUUCUUUAUAAUGGAUCCAUUAAAUCAGAUGUGACUUCA